AUGGUGCUGAGACGCAGCAUGUCGCGGCCGCUUGGCCUGCUGCUGGCGACGCUGGCCGUGGCAGCCCUCGCCAACCAACUUGAGGACAUACCGCACAAUGAAGUCAAAAACUGGGCGUUAAAAUUCGGCGUAGACUUAUGGGAGUUCGGAAGACAUUUCACGAAAAUGAAUCAAAUACAAAACAAAUACCACGAAUACAACGUGGAGGUGGCUCGCAAGGACGGACUGCUUCUCGUGCGAGAGUUGGCUGCCGAGGUCAAGAACCAUAUGGACUUUAAGAUCAACGCAGUUAUGCGCAUCAUGGACAGCGCAGAAGCGGCUGCGUUAUCCGCCAGCGGCAGCGGUGACGGAGCCCCGGGCUCCUACUAUGACGCCCGAUGGUUGAACGUGCAUGCAGACGACGGUACUCUGGCCGCAAGAGCAAGACGACUGCUACUCUCGCCGAGCAGACACUUCGAUCAUAUCGCCGUCAAUACCAGCUUCAGCGCUGUACUCAUGCCGCCUUAUAUUAAUACUGAGGGUUCGGAUGUGCAGCAUCAGAUCGCUUGGUCGGAGCACCUGGAUCCGCUGUUCAUCAACAAUUACGAGAUCGACCCCACGCUGUCGUGGCAGUACUACGCCUCCUCCACCGGCUUCAUGAGGCGGUAUCCAGCCAUGUCUUGGCCGCCCGAAGACGGCUUCUCGCAUCACGCGCGAGACUUCUAUGACUUUCGGUCUUCAAAUUGGUUCGUUGAGGCCGCCACGUCGCCCAAAGAUCUGGUGAUCCUUCUAGAUGAUUCUGAUGACCUGGGCUCUUCGUACUGGAGACUAGCUAAGGCUACCGUGUCUGGUUUGCUGGACACACUGGGCCCUAACGACUUCGUCAACGUUUACCGAUACAGUGACAGCGUGUCGGAAAUCAACUCGUGUUACACCAAAAUGCUUGCUCAGGCCAUUCCUGAAACAAUAAGAGACCUGAAAACUUCUCUGUGGAACGCCGAGGCUUCUGGCGGCGUAGCCAAUUUGACAGGAGCUCUGACUACCGCCUUCGAGAUAUUACACAGGUACAACCGUACCGGCCAAGGAUGUCAAUGCAACCAAGCAAUAGCCGUGGUGGGGGCCGGCGGCGGCGCGGGCGGCGUGAAGGCGGUGUUCAGGACUUGGAACUGGCCGCAUAUGCCCGUGCGCAUCUUCACGUACAGGGUGGGAGGAGAUGCUGCAUCCGGACAUACUAUGAAGGACAUGGCGUGCACUAACAAGGGAUUUCACGUAUCAAUAAACGAGCACUCAGAGAUCCGGCCUAAAGUCCUCCACCUGGUGGAAGUCCUUGCUCGGCCGCUCGUCAUGUACCAGACUGUGCACCCCGUGCAUUGGAGCCCCGUCUACGUGGGAGGCAAGAGUAGCAGCCUUUCUAACGACGGCAUGGGACAACUCAUGACCUCCGUGUCGGUUCCUAUCUUCGACAGGAGAAACCACACGCAAAGAGAAGCAAACUUAUUGGGUGUGGUGGGGACUGACGUGCCUGUCGAUCAAAUAAAGAAGCUCGUGCCACCAUAUAAGCUUGGGGUAAACGGCUACUCCUUCAUGGUGGACAAUAACGGGCAUGUGUUGUAUCAUCCAGAUUUAAGGCCUCUGCACACGAAUGAAGAAUACACAGAAACGCUACGUCCACUGUACUCCAGUAUAGACCUUACUGACGUGGAGCUGCUGGUGGACGCAGACGAGAACUCCAGGGUCAACCUGACCUCGCUGUUACUUGAUCUCCGCCACGACAUGAUUGAACAGCGCGAAGGCGAAACUGAAAUUGGGGUAAAGGUUCAAUAUGAUGCCAUGAGGCGAGUCGCCACUAGACGGCAACGAUAUUUCUACAGCCCAGUGGAUGGCACCCCUUACUCGCUGGCAGCUGUGUUGCCAGAUGGAUAUGGCAUGUAUGAACUGCAGGCGGAGCAGGAAGUAAAACAUAGUCUUAUUAAUGUGACGGAAUACUUCAAAGGCGAUAACUGGAAAAUCCAUCCUGACUGGGUGUACUGCGAAUACGCCUCAACAUCAGACCAAACAUUCACCUCGGCGGAACAACAGCUUUUACACUUCUUGUCCCGCGCGGGGAGGCCGGGAUGGAAGUGGAUGUCGCUGCGACCGCGCGCUCUAACGCUGCACAACGCGCACAAGAAGCAAGAUAGGGAUUCUUAUUACUGUGACAAAACUUUAGUACAAUCGCUUAUUCGUGAUGCAAUGGUAAUAAAAGAAUUGGACGCUCACACUGGACAUGCCAGCCAUCACUCACACCCGAUAGCAACUUUAAUGGCACUUCUUACAAGACAAGGCCGCUUCCACAAGUUUGUGGUGACGCUUUCUUUCAUCGCCACGCGCAGCGGCCUUCUCAAGUGGACCGAGAACAGCAACACCUCCCGUACCGCUGACUCCGCAGAACCGCAUUUCAGCGAGAAAUACGCCCGUGCUUUCGAUUCCGAGUGGUACCGCCGAGCAGUGGAGCAUCAUUCUAUUGAGCCGGAGAGUUUCGUGUUCUCCGUGCCUUUCCGGGACGGUUCCGAAGCGGACGACCUUUCUGGAAGGCCGCCUUUGGUUCUGGCCACGCAUGCGGUGUUUGUGGCGUCGAAAGGUCAUCGGGCACCGGCAGCAGUAGUUGGACUUCACUUCCAGCUGGACUCGCUAGCGAAACAUUUCCUCAAUGUCACAUCAACGUGCACGGCAGGAAGCGUGUGUAAAAAGACGUGCGCUGGCGACGAGUUGGACUGUUAUAUCUUAGACGACAACGGCUUCAUAAUUCUGUCCGAAGAUGUCUCGCAAACGGGCAGGUUUUUCGGACAAGUGGACGGAACUAUCAUGGACUCAUUAGUUCAGGACCGAAUCUACAAGAAAAUAACGGUUCACGACCAUCAGGGACGAUGUCCUGAUUCUAAGAACCCUUUUAGCGGUGGCGUUAACAAAUUAACGCCGAUGAAACCUCUGUCCUGGCUUGGAGGGUACAUCGCAAAGUUGAUAGCAGUUUGGUUCCCACUUUGGGAAUCAGUACGCGGUAGAGCACAUUCAUAUGUGGAUGAAGAAAUUGCUGACUAUGAAGACUACGAAACCGACCCAGGCUUAGGCAAUGACGAAGAAAUCGAUCGAGACAGGGGCACAUACGAGAUCAUUCUAGACGGGAUUGGCAAAGGGAGUGGGAGUACCGAAGGGGGAGGGGCUGAACCUUCAAGGGGAGGAGGUGGAGGGGGCGCUAAUAUUGCGAGAGAACCACCAAGAGAAGCCGCCCGGUCAGCGGCUGUAAGGCCGUGUGUGACCAGCGCAGAGUUGUUCACGCUUCAGUCAACAAGGUUGAAUGCAGCGCAGCCGCUCAAAGGAAAACUUACUAACUGCCAUAACUCAGGAUGCGAGAGGCCGUUCAGCGUGCAGAAGAUCCCGCACAGCAACCUGAUCCUACUAGUGGUGGACACGCUCUGCCCGUGCGGCUCCAAGCGGCUGGACGUGCGCGCGCGCGAGGCCCCCGCGCGGUCCGCGUGCCGCCGAGCGCCGCCCUUCGCGCACCGACGACGACCUUCGCACUGCCUCUCUUACCAUCCCGAGGAAAUCGAAAUCCAAUCAUGCGGUCGUGGCGGUCGAAUACAACCGUUAUUGGCACUAGUGGCGGCACUGCUGCUACGGCUUUGCUGCACGUGACUGCUGCAACUUCAACUUUAAACCACGC